AUGCCCUUUGGAGAAGCUCUACAGCAGAUGCCACUCUAUGCUAAAUUUCUGAAAGACAUGCUAACUAGGAAGAACAAGUACAUCUAUAGUGACAACAUCAUUGUGGAAGGAAACUGCAGUGCCGUAAUUCAAUGGAUCCAUCCAUCGAAACAUAAGGAUCUAGGCAGUGUCACUAUUCCUUGUUCUAUAGGUGAAGUUUCUGUUGGCAAGGCUCUUAUUGACUUGGGGGCCAGUAUUAAUUUGAUGCCGCUUUCCAUGUGUCGGAGACUUGGAGAGUUGGAGAUAAUGCCUACUAGGAUGACUUUACAGUUAGCAGAUCGCUCCAUCACCAAACCUUAUUGA